GACUUGAAAUUAAAUUUUACUUUUUCAAUUGUGUCAAUAGAACGUUAAAAAUAGUAAAACGUUUUAUCAGUAGAUAAACAAAAAUUUUAUCUAAACAUUUUCAACGUAUGUACAUAUUAUAUAUAUAUUUCAACUUUAGUCUAGGAAAUAAAUUGAUCUUAUAAUAAUAUAUUUGUUGAAAACUACAUCGUUUCAUUAACAAUAGCAGACGAUAUUUCAACUCAUAGAAUGAUAAUUUAAAUAGUCAACUAUUAUCAGAACUCAUCUAUCAAGAAUGGACACAUUUAAAAAUCCACUAGAAACGAUAACGCUUAUACCAAUUUACACUUAUUUAAAUAUAUUGAGUGAUUUUUUAUUCACUGAACUAUACCUAGCAGAAAUCGAUCAAAAUAAACAAAUACCAAUUCUUAAUGCACUUUAUGAAUACAUUCAGCAUCACGAGAAUAAUCAAGUCAAGAAAGUUGAAUUAAUUAGAAACUUGUUAAAAGGGAGCGAUCUGUAUGGAGCAAAAAAAGAAGAACACGUUGAUAUCACUUUUGUUAAUGCGAUGUUCGAGUACAUUAUUAGCUCUAUAGUAUUUGACAAGUAUGGUAGUAUUUUUGGUUUCUUGGCAGAUAUUUUUUGUAAAGCAGAAACUUUACAAAUAGAAGAAGUGCUGAAUAUAAUAAAAAUAAAUCUUGGAAAUACUUCUUAUGAAAACGAAUAUGGAGACAGAUCGAUUCUCAGUCCUUUAUCAGUGGAUAGAAUAUACUAUGACAUAAUAUUACCUAUGUUUCCUCUGCCGAAAGCUAAUCUUAGUUUAUUGUCCCUUGAUUAUAUUUAUGUACAAGCUGGUUCAAUGUUUCUCCGAGCUGGUAGAAUAAAUAAUCAUAAUUAUAUUGAUUUUGAAGAAAAUUUUGCAAAUCUGACUGAGGAUAAUUUAUUUGACGAAUACUUAGUGAUCGGUCAUAUAAUAGAAACAUUAAUUCUAACUAAAGAGAAGAAUUUUUAUAUGUUGAAAGCUUUUGCUCUUCCAGCUCUUACGCAUUUUAUUUUCAAUUCAAAAUAUUUAUAUACCAAUGAAAACAUGGCAAAUAUAAUUUUCGAUCCAGAUUUUUGGCAAGCAGCUUAUAACAAUUUGUUUCAAUAUACAGCUAAAGUUUUUAAUGAUAUAAACCAUACGUUAGAAAAUGACUACAAGUUAAAAAUGCACAUUGCUCUUUCUGCAUUUCAAAGUAGUGCCGCAUUAACUGAAACUUUUAUGGAACAAUAUUGUCCACAUUUAGACGUGAAUGAAAAAAAUUUUACACUCUUUCUUUCUUCACAUUAUCCUGAAUCUAUUCAAUGUAAAGAUGUCAAUCUAAAAGAAUAUUUUUGGAACUCUAAUUAUAACAUCAACGAAUUAUAUGAAGCAUAUGAUUUUCAAAUUGUCCAAGAUGCCUUUCCGAAAUCUCUAAUAGAGCAACUUAACAAAACUCAAGUUAUUAUAAAAUUGCUAGUUCCUAACAAUACAAAACAUGGUGAUUUUGAUGAAUCCGAACAUUUAUCUUAUGAUGUUCUGGAAGUUUUUUUUCUCAAUGACAGAAUUUUCGAUUACUAUAUUUUAAAACGAGAAAAUUAUAAUGCGAUAUUAACCAAUUACGCUAAUACACAAAUUUUUACAAAAGACAAAUUAUAUUUUGAAAAAUUAUUCAGUGUAGCAACAUCUAAAAUUCUUAAAAGAACUGACGAGAACGUUAAUGUAUUUAUUCAAAACUUAGUAAAGUAUAAAAAGUCACGAUUUGAGUCUCAGUUAGAAAUUUUAGACAAUUGUAAAGAAAAAAAUGAGCACCUAAAAAAUUAUUGGUGGAAAGAGUUUGGUUUAUCAUUAGUGCCAUAUUAUCCUUGUUUAUCUAAUAUGUGUAAGGCCAAUUACUGGAAAAUUUGUUCAUCAAAUAAGAUAAAUUUUUUUUACAAAUACCCACAUGAAAUAACUUCAAUAGCAGUAAACAAUAAUUUAGUUUCUAUUCUGUUAUCAUUAGGGACAAAUAUCAGGUCAUUAUUAUUAAAAAUUGCAAGUAGUGAAACUGUGAAUGAAAUUGUAAGAGUAGAACAAAAUUAUAAAUUCUCAAUAACAAACGCAUUGAAUAGAGAUAAAAUAUUUGAUGAUAUUUGUUUACACAUAAAAGAUCCAGCAUUUUUGCUAACAUUUACAACUAAAGACAAGAUAAGUGUACUUAAAGAAUUAAUAAAUUCUUUAAAAGAAAAGACCGAUUUCAGUUUUACAUCAGUCAUUGGAAGUCUCUCUAAAAUAUCAACUUUAAAAUCCAACUUUUACAAUAGCAUUGGUACUAUAGAUGAAAAUAAUAGUCGAUUAAUUUUUGUAAAUACUUUAAAUAAUCGAACUGAUACUGGUUAUGGUUAUAGGUUUAUCUUUGUAUCUGACAAUAUGUCAAAAACUGCACAGUUAAGAACUGAUUAUGAAUUUAAAAAUCAGAUAUUAGUUUCACAAAUCAGAAGCUCGGAAAAAGAAGUGAAAAUAUAUGUUACUUUCAAUAACGUAACUUUUAAAUCUGAACCUAAGCAUAUGAUGUAUGAAAUUAAUAACCAACUUCAAAGGUACCCUACUAAAGUUUCAUUUAUUGGAAUAUCAAUUGAAGCUGAUGAUUAUGAUGAGAAGUGUAAUGAUAUGAAUUAUUUUGAAAUGUGGAAACCUUUUAACUAUUGCCGAAGGCGAGGACGUUUCAUUGAAAAAUCUGACUACGAAGAAAGAGCCGUACAGUUUAUCAAGAACAAUACAAAUUUUUCUGAGAAACAGAUACGCAAUAUGUUUGAAAAAUACACAUUUCCAAAUAGUACAACUCUAAAUAAAUUUAUCAAUGAUUUGUUUAAAAACACUUUAUUUGAAGAACCUACAUGGAGUCAAAACUAUAUAAUAGACAAUUCUAAUAUUUUAAGUGAAUUAAGAUAUCAAUCACAUUUUGAAGGACAUGAUAUAAGAGAAUAUGAUGCAGAAUUUAGAAUCAGUUCUUUUUACUCGAAAGCAGAAAGACGUAGGAUUGAAGAAAAUACAUCGUUAAAAAAUAUAGUUAAAAAUUACAAUGAACAGGACGCAAGGUAUUCUGUCACAUUUCAUGAUUAUUAUGCAAUAAGAAAUUACGUGACAACAGGAUAUACAAGAAUAACUGGAGAUACCCAUGAAGCAAAACUAAUGAAACUUGCUUUAUAUAAAUUAGCUAUAAGACAGUCUGACAAUUUGAAGAAGGAUUUUGAAUUAAAAUUAUUUAUAGUUGAUUCUAAACCAAUUCCAUUUCUUAGAACUGCAACUCGGAAAGAAUACAUUACUCUGCAAAAAUUUACACAAGCUUAUACUAGUAUAGAAUCAGCUAUUAGAUUUGCUGGUUAUCCUGCAGCUGGAUAUGUAAAUAUUUUUUAUGAAAUGGAAUUUACUGGGCCAUAUCUAAGGGUAAAAAUAGAAGAAUUUUACAACAAAAAAGAGAAGAGUGUAAUUCUUUUACCUGGAAGCAAGUUUCAUUUAGAAGAACGUGUUUUAAAGGUCAUUGAAGGAUUAGAAGUAUUGGGCAAGGUUUUAUAUGUGAGGCUAAUGUAUGAAAAUACUUUAAAUGAUAAAUACGAAUGGUAUAAGAAAAUUAUGAAUAAAAUUUCACGUAUUAUCUUCUAAAAAUUGUAUAAUAAAUUUCUAGAAUCCUGUAGACGAAAAUAAUUUUUCAUCAAAGCCUUUAAUGAAAGAAGUUAACAUAUUUAUUUAAUUGACCUUGCUCUGAUCAUUUAUUAAUUUACUUGCUUAACAAAAAUAAAAGGAAAUAAAUCAACUUUAUUGGAAAAUUAAUAAGUUGACAAUUUUUAACAUAUUGGUAUUUAUAAUGAAAAUUGUUAUAUUAUAAAAAUCUAUUUUAUGCUGUCGCCUGGUACAAAAUGUAUUUUUUACGUGGCACACGUGGUGCCACGCAAAACUCGCGCGCCGAUAGAAAAGAAGUCCGCCGGGUCCAAUGGAAAUCAAAUUUGUGUCAGCCGGUACCUUGUUGCCGGUUUCCGCGGUCACAAUUCAGGAACUCUGAUAUCUAUUCAAUCGAACUUUAACUACUCGCUCUCAAUACAAGGUUCAACAAAAAACUUCUAUAUUCACUUUCAUCAAUAAACUUUUUUUUCUCUUUUAUAUGUAUUAAGCAGUGUACUCAUAUAUAUAUAUGUGUAAUUUACAUUUUUGAAGAAACUUUUUAUAAAAUCAAAACUUUUUAUUAAAUUUCGAGUCGCUAUCGUAAA